CUGCACAACGCCCAGGAGUACGGUUUCUCCGCAUCAUUGAAACGUAGAGGUGUCUCUGAUGAGUCUAUUUCUUACCGCGAAAUCUACCAGCGUAUCUCCUCUAUUAUUCCAAAUAUGAAUGUCGCGGUGUCCAAUAGCUUAUUCCGCCACUCACUUUUUCUCCCUUUUGCAUUGAAGUAACCCGUCACUAGAGUAUACUGAAUUUGCAACUUUCUCAUUGUUAGUACAAGAUCUUCUUAAAACUGUUCUUUUCUUCAUUAUGACCGGAGCUUGGAGCCUAGACAUGAGCCAGCGCUUGGGUAACCACCACCACCAUCAUCAUCAUCAACAGCAGCCAGUGCACUGCACGUUCUCACGCCUUCUCCGCGAGGAACCUCGUCUCGUGCCGUGUUCCCGGUCUGAUUUCGAGCGCUCCACAGCACAGCCGACUUCGUCGCAUACAUGGAAGACCAGGGCGCCGACGCGGGCAGCAAGCGCCGGAAGUCCUCGCUUUACAAGAGCCAGAAGCAGCCCUCAGCCAGAGCCGCGGCUAUGAGGGCGUCCAUAGUGCCAGAAGCAGAAGUACGCGUCUUCAGGCCACCGAAUAAACCCAGCUUCGAUGAUAGACAGCAACCUGAGACCGAGGGCUUCUCCCCUUCCGGCGUCACUAACCAUCGGGCAUUGUCCAGGUGGCGCAGCACAUCUGUCGGUAGCCUCAGCGAAGGCCGCGGAGGCGCGAAGUUCGGAGAAAUGUCCAGGCGGCGCAGAUCAUCCGCCGGUAGCCUCAGCGAAGGCAGCGAAGGUGUGAGGCGAACGUCUGCUGGGUCCGUUUUGGGAAUUCGUUCCUCGGGUCAUUCAUGGAAGGGGCCAAAUGUCGCGGAUGGCGGUGCGACUUCCCCGGACCUAAAAGGCAACGUCAUAGUGGCGCCUGCGGAACUGAUGGCGCUUCGCCGGUCCUCAGAGAGGCGCGACAGCAAGCGCCAAAGUACUGCUUUGAAAACUUCGUUGUCGUCGUCGUCGUCGUCAUCGUCAUCCUCGAAGAGGAAACGGACCAAACACGAAGGAGCCAAACAGGAAGCGACUGCCGAAGCUCGCGCUGAGAAAGAUGCUACCAAACCUGCAACGAGCAGCUCUUCGGGAAAGACUGAGCACAAUGAGGCGGCUGGUCACACAGAACCGAGGCCAAGCUCCUAUGCAGCCAGAUCCAAGGGCCUGCCCGAGAGGGAUGCGAACGCCAUAACACAGGCCGAGAAAGGUCAUGCCAAGCCCAGAACAAGCAGCCUCUCAGAAGCGACACGUAGAGCAUCGACGGCUUCGACAACUGGACCGUGUGCACUAGGAGCUGCAGUGUCCGCGCCACAGGACCAAGUCCGACCUGCUGCCCCGGCGCCCGUGGUUGCUAAGAUCACCGGGACAACAGUUGAUCCUGCCUCCACGAAGGAAAGCCACCAGUCUUCGUCAUCGACAACAAUGCCUGGCGUGACGGCGUCCAAGGACCAUGCGUCGUCUACAUCCCACAAACGACGGGCUUCCUCCAGCAGACGGUAUUCCUCUAGACGGAUUUCCACAAGCGCGGCAUCUGAUGGUCCAGCUGUAGCGGCGGUGAGCCAUGGCCAAGCUCCUGCUCAUGCACCGGGAGAGGAGGAGGUCAUUUCCAAGGCGCCAAGUUCGGCGCUGGCUCCACAUAGCAAACCACCGGACACAACGAUUGCUGACUCGACGACCAGAUCUCAAAACCAGCCGACUUGGUCGGUCGCCGCCCCGGUUGGCAUUGCCGUUCCUGCAGUGAGCCAGGAAGUUGUUCCACAUACGUCGCGUAACGGGAAGGCCACCGAGGCGGCAGCCUAUGCUUCAGCUCCGUGGAAGGUCCAGUGUGCCGUCCCGUCAGCGACGUCUAGCGGCGAGGACGACAAGAUGGCGAGCCGAGACAAGGACGUAGCCGGAGGCGGGAAGGCUGCCGUGGAUCAGCAAACGCACCAGCCACCAGCCCCGCGGCAAGAAACGCAUCCAGAGCCACCGAAGCUAGCGCAAACGCAUCGCAGAAGUCUCGGUGAACAAAUGCGAGGUGUGCCGAAGGAGGCUAAGGCAGACGACACAGGGAUAUCUACAGGGCCGGCCAACGAAACGCACCUGGCGUCCCCCGUGGAUGCUCAAGGGAAGGAUGCCAUCGGCUCCACGGCUCAAUGGUCAUUUUAUGCCAUGAACGUGUCGUUCGUGACGGAGGUCGACGAGCGACAGCAGCAUCUCCUGCAAGCCGUCAUGAUCUGCGUGUGCGCGGUCAUGCUCUCGCUGCUGGUCACCGGCGUGCUGCUCAUGCUUUACGCCAAGUCCGGCACGUCGCCCCUGGACUGCGAGACGGCCGAGUGCCUCGCGGCGCGCGACUACCUGGCCGGUCUGAUCAACGCCACCGGGGACGCGUGCGGCGAUUUCUACGGCUACGUCUGCGACUCGUGGAUCGCGCGCGGAGAGGGCGGCGGGAGCCUUCGCCGGGACAGCGUGGAGGCGACCGAGGCCAGGGUCAGCGAGUUUCUCCGGAGCCAAGACAAGGCGGAAGAUGUUCCGGCAGAUCUGCGUCUGGCACGCAUCGUCUACCGGGAGUGCCAUCGAUACGCGUCGGUGUGUUGCGACCCGGCCGCGUUCCCUGCAACGCUCGAGUCGGCGCGGAGCCAGCUGAAAUGGACCGAGAUCCGCGACUCGAGCAGCUACGACAAGCUCGUCGAGCUCCUGGUGCGGACGUCGCUGCUCGUCGGUUUCCACACGGUGCUCAUCAUCGAACUCUUCACCGAGGACAGCGACGCCGUGCUGCGGCUUUCGAGCGGAACGUCGCUGCUCCACAAGCUCACGACCACCGGCGACCGCCGCGAUCUGGUGUCCAGUCUGCGAAGCGUCGGGAAAUACGAUGACCGGGGCCUCAACACGAUCCUGGAGAUGGACGACCUAGUCAAGGGCCCACUUGACGCCAACCGGAACUCCACUCGAAGCGCGGAAGAAGGCGAUGUGAAUGGGCCCUUGGAGGAGUUUCUAGACGAGCUCGUCCCCGGCGUGAAGGCGACAGCAUGGGCCCGAAAGGUUGAAGACGUGCUCGUGCGUUUUGGAAAGAAAGGUUUGUUCUUGUCGGACAUCGCUAUAGCCAAUGAAGCAACUGGCUUCCGGCGGGCGUUCCGCGAAAUGACCUCCAACGGCGGCAUCCAGCAAACCGCGUUGUACCUGGCCUCGCAUCUGGAUGCCGAAAUACUCUCGCUGGAGCUGUCCAGAAGCCGCCUGUCGCUGGUUCCCGAACACGAGGAGCGAUUUUGCGUCGCCCUGGUGCAGAGAACCUUGGCCUCUUUGUGGCCGCGGUACGUGGCGAGCGCCCUGCAGGUUCGCCGAACUGAGGACGUCGUCGAGGCCAUGUUCGACCAACUGAAAGAGACAUCGCACGACACCGCCAUGCUCAAGUGGCUCACCACGUCGUUGCGCCAGGCCGCCCACGAGAAGAUCAGAACGGUGGGACUCGUCGUUACCUCCCGAGAUAUGCCGUCGAUGGCUGCGUCGAUCAACGACGGCGCGAACCGCUACGCUCGAGUGGUCGACGACCUCGCCGAGUGGAACGCCAGCUUCGUCGAGCUCUUCGUCAAGGUCACGGCGUUCGUUCACGGAGUUCGCCUUCACAGUCCCCCGACCCGAGAGGAGCUACUGGUCCCGCUCUGGGAGCGGCGCGGCGAGCUGGCGUACUCGUGGUCCACGACGGCCGUCGUGGUUCCCACGCUGUACCAGCAGGCCCCGUACUUGUACCCGGCCGGCGUGCCGGCGCACUUCAACUACGCCACGGUCGGGGCGCUGUUGGCCACAGCUAUAGCGGAGGUCGUCGCGCCGGUUCUUUUGUCAGCGAAGGAGUCGAGAAGAGACUCCCACCGACACAGCGACGCCUGGUGGACUCGAGGAGCGAUGCGUCAGUACCGAAUCAGCGCCGCGUGCCUGGAACGGCUGCACAACCACCUGGGUCUGCAGCGCCGGGUCAGCGGCGACGGCGGUGAGCGGCAGCGUCACGAGAUGGUGCUCCGCGCACAGGGCCUGCGGCUCGCGUAUGACGCCCUGGUGGCGAGCUACGGCAGAUCGGCUGCCGGCCGCGACUUUCGAAAGCAGUGGCCCGAGGCCCAGGCGGCGUUCUUCGCCCGCUUCUGCCUGCUCUCCUGUGACGCGGACCAGAGCCCGAGUCCGCUGUCUCCGCGCGCCAGCUGCCUGCUGCCGCUGCACAACAUGCCGGAGUUCGGCGCCGCCUUCGGCUGCACUUCCCGGGAGGAAUUCGUCGCACAGCAGUGCCUGGCUUAGGAAACAAACAGCCGCGGAUUACAGAAACUGAACCGCGCCCCAAUCUGAACUUUGGGCACGUGGUUAUUUCGAACAUAACCACGUGAACUGUGCAUACAUAGCACCACGCUUAUGCCUUCUUUAGCGAUUAGUAACUUUGCCUCAAGGACGUUUCGAUGAAGUUUAUUGUGCCAGGAUAGUUAUACCACUUUCGAGCAUUAGCAUCCAUUCAGCGACCAGAUUUUACUGCGGAGUUGCCCCGCAAGAUACGUUUGUGCAUCCCUUCUUUUGUAGGGACAGACAUUUUUAUGUUCUGGACGAAUGACUGGUAUUCCUGGAGCGGCUUGUCGCUGUUGCGCAGUUUCACAUGUUUCAAAAGCCGUCGCCAUUUGUAGGGAGACUUUCUUCAUUCUGUUGGUCUCUCAUGCACAGCACCCCUUGCGGGCUGUGGUUAUGGAAGGUUUGAAUGUACUGGAUGUUUAAAUGCGAGAAGAUUUAGCAGGUCCUUACACGUAUUCUUGCUGCGCGCCGGGUUGUGUUCUCCAGUGCGUGCGAUAUUUGGUGCACGCGUAUCGUCGCUCUCAUGCUGAAUUAUGCCUUAGUGAAUCGCGGAUUUCGGGAGCCGCCAGUUUGGUUUGGAGAGCGGGAUGAUCGCUGUAGCGUCAAUAAACGGUAGUCCUUUGAUUACUAA